CCGAAGCACCUCGAUACGUUGUACCGCCGGAGGCUAGGCAGUUCACUGUGCUGCUCCGCGCUGGACCCCACCCGGUGGGCAGCGGAACACACGCAUCGUUCUAAGCUGCUGUCCUCCCCAGCAUUGCAUCGCCGACACUCGCCCGCUCGUUCUCGCUAGCUGCUCGGGAUUACUUGGGACCGGCGAGGUGCUGUGCACUGCUCCUCGGUGCACCUCCCCCGGCCCUGCCCCUCCCCCGUGGAGCAGGCAGUCUGUCUCGCCCACCGCCCAGCGCAGCAGCGGAGCCCGGUUGCGGACGAGCGCGCUCCCGCAGCGGGCCCUCUGGCCUUCCUUCCCUUAGGGCCGCCCGCGCCCCGGAGGAAGGGAACAGUCCUUACCGAGAGCCGAGGGGCCGGGCGGUGAGAUGAGCUUCUUCGGCUUCGGGCAGAGCGUGGAGGUGGAAAUCCUGCUGAAUGAUGCAGAGAGUAGGAAGCGAGCGGAGCACAAGACCGAGGACGGGAAGAAGGAGAAAUAUUUUCUCUUCUACGACGGGGAGACUGUCUCCGGGAAGGUGAGCCUUUCGCUCAAGAACCCCAACAAGCGGCUGGAGCACCAAGGCAUCAAGAUCGAGUUCAUUGGGCAGAUCGAACUCUACUACGACCGCGGGAACCACCAUGAGUUUGUGUCCCUGGUAAAGGACUUGGCUCGGCCUGGAGAGAUCACCCAGUCGCAGGCCUUUGACUUUGAGUUUACCCAUGUAGAGAAGCCGUAUGAAUCCUACACAGGGCAGAAUGUGAAGCUACGCUAUUUCCUCAGAGCCACCAUCAGUCGCCGCCUCAAUGAUGUUGUCAAAGAGAUGGACAUUGUAGUUCACACACUCAGCACAUACCCAGAGCUGAACUCUUCCAUCAAGAUGGAGGUUGGGAUUGAGGACUGCCUGCACAUCGAGUUUGAGUAUAAUAAAUCCAAAUACCACUUGAAAGAUGUCAUUGUAGGGAAGAUAUACUUCCUGCUGGUGAGAAUCAAAAUUAAGCACAUGGAGAUAGAUAUCAUUAAACGAGAAACAACAGGCACAGGCCCUAACGUGUACCAUGAGAACGACACAAUAGCCAAGUACGAGAUCAUGGAUGGGGCGCCAGUGCGAGGAGAAUCCAUCCCAAUCCGGCUGUUCCUGGCAGGGUAUGAGCUCACACCCACCAUGAGGGACAUCAACAAGAAGUUCUCUGUGCGCUAUUACCUCAACCUGGUGCUGAUAGAUGAGGAGGAACGGCGCUACUUCAAGCAGCAGGAAGUGGUGCUGUGGAGGAAGGGUGACAUCGUGCGGAAGAGCGCCUCCCACCAAGCAGCUGUCGCCUCACAGCGCUUCGAGGGCACAGCCUCCCUGAGUGAGGUGCGGACCCCCAACCCGCUGUCAGACAACAACGGCAGGCAGUAGGCCCCAGCCAAGAAGCUGCUGGGCUCCUGCCCAGCUCUGCCAUCUACCAAACACCAGCGGCUGGGGGAGGGGAGGAUGCUGUUGGCUCAGCUGACCGUUACUUGCAACCUUGAAAACAAAUCAUGUUUCUGACUUAAA